CGUAAUGCGAAUAAAGGCCGUAGCCUAUUUCUGACUGUCGCCUUUUUUUAACGGCCGGUGGUGUGUCUGGCUCCGUUUGUCGUGUGGCCCGUGCGCAGGGCUGCUCAUAUCUCGUGUAGCCGGCCCGGGACUCACCGUGGGGCAUGCGGGGCGUCUUUAGACACGGUACUGACAGGUGCUCAAGGUUGCCUGGUGUGCAGGAUGACGCCUGGCGUGGACGGCACUCGAUGCAAUAGGUGCACAAGGGAGGUUUCUGCCUUUGUUUUCACACUCUUUAUGCAAUAGACACCAGACGUGUUGCCAGCGAGCCCACGCUACCUUUAUACGCUACGGUAUCUGGGCCAGCAAUGGCAUAAUUUGUUUUCGGGAAAUCGUCAUUAUUAAAGGAGAGUUAUUAUCCUCGGGGAGAGCGCUAAUUGGUUAAGGGGGUUAGAGGCACGGUGCCGGCCGAGGUGUGAUGUCCUGCUCUCAUUUGUAGCUGGAGAGAGCGCAUUGUCCAGCCACUGGUUCCACUGUCUGCAAGGCCGGGCACAGGAGGGGAUUUGGUGACGGAUAAGAUGGUGUUCCGAAGUGAGGAGAUGUGCUUGGCGCAAUUGUUUCUGCAGUCCGGCUCGGAAUAUGACUGCAUUAGUGAGCUCGGAGAGAUGGGACUAGUCGAGUUUCGAGACCUCAAUCCAAGUGUCAGCUCAUUCCAGCGGCGAUUCGUCAGCGAAAUCAAGAGAUGUGAGGAGAUGGAGAGAAUUCUGGGCUACCUGCUGAGGGAGAUCCAGAAGGCCAACAUAGCCGUUCCAGAGGACGAUGACAGUCCAGUCGCCCCUCCGCCCAAACAAGUCCUCGAGAUCAUGGAGCAGCUCCAGCGGCUGGAGAUGGAGCUGAGCGAGGUGGCCAGGAACAAAGAGAAGCUGCAGAGGAACCUCCUGGAGCUCACCGAGUACACGCACAUGUUGAAGAUCACGCGGACCUUCAUCCACAGCCGCUCCAGACAUGAGGCUCUUGGCCCCCAGUAUGAAGAAUUCCCCACUAUGGAGACAGACUCUGUGACAGGAUGCACCAGCAUGCAAAGACUUGGAGCCAAACUGGGGUUUGUGUCCGGUCUCAUCCAGCGAGUGAAGGUGGAGGCCUUUGAGCGCAUGCUGUGGAGAGUGUGCAAGGGCUACACCAUCCUGAGCUACGCAGAAGUGGAUGAGAGCCUGGCUGAUCUGGACACUGGGGAGAUCAACAAAAGUGUUGUCUUUCUCAUUUCGUUCUGGGGGGACCAGAUUGGGCAGAAAGUUCAAAAGAUCUGUGAUUGUUACCACUGCCAUCUUUAUCCGCACCCUGAGAACGAUGAGGAGAGAGCAGAUGUGAUGGACAGCCUGAGGACACGCAUCCAAGACCUUAACAAUGUGCUGCACCGCACCGAGGACUACUUGAGACAGGUCCUGCAGAAGGCCUCCGAGUCAGCCUUCACCUGGGUCGUGCAGGUGAAAAAGAUGAAGGCCAUCUACCACAUCCUCAACCUCUGCAGCUUCGACGUCACCAACAAGUGUCUCAUUGCCGAGGUGUGGUGUCCCGUCAGCGACCUGGCAAACCUGCGGGGGGCGCUGGAGGAGGGCUCGAGGAAAGGCGACGCCACCGUUCCCUCCUUUGUCAAUCGAAUUCCAAGUAAUGACACUCCGCCCACCUUAGUGAGGACCAACAAGUUCACAUCUGGCUUUCAGAGCAUUGUGGAGGCUUACGGGGUCGGAGACUACCGGGAGGCGAGCCCAGCUCCCUACACCAUCAUCACGUUCCCCUUUCUGUUUGCUGUGAUGUUUGGUGACCUUGGACAUGGGAUGGUAAUGACUCUCUUUGCCCUGUGGAUGGUGCUGACAGAGAAGAAGCGGAGGAGGAAACGUUCCGGCAAUGAGAUCUGGAUGAUGUUCUUUGACGGCCGGUAUAUCAUCUUAAUGAUGGGGCUUUUCUCCGUCUACACUGGGCUCAUCUACAAUGACUGUUUCUCCAAGUCCCUCAACAUAUUUGGCUCUGGCUGGAGUGUCAGGGCUAUGUUCACGAAUCAGCAGUGGACAAAUGAAACCCUCCAAACAAAUGCUUUGCUCACUCUAGACCCAAAUGUCAGUGGUGUGUUCAGUGGACCUUACCCAUUUGGCAUUGAUCCUAUAUGGAACAUGGCAGCGAACCGCCUGUCCUUCCUCAACUCGUACAAGAUGAAGAUGUCUGUCAUUAUUGGUGUCGUGCACAUGAGUUUUGGAGUGGUGCUAAGUGUCUUCAAUCACUUACACUUCCGGCAGAAAUUUAACGUCUAUCUGCUGUUUCUCCCUGAGCUGCUCUUCCUGCUCUGUCUCUUUGGCUACCUGGUCUGCAUGAUCCUCUACAAGUGGGUGGCGUUCGGCUCACGCGACUCGUGCCUGGCCCCCAGCAUCCUCAUCCACUUCAUCAACAUGUUCCUCAUGCAGGGAGGAGAUAUCACCCCUCUCUACCCAGGACAGACCGGGCUCCAGAUCUUCCUGGUUGUGGUAGCUAUGCUGUCGGUUCCUGUGCUGUUGUUAGGAAAACCUCUUUACCUCUAUUGGCUGUAUCGUGGAGGCAAAGGCCUGCGCAGACGCAGAGGUUAUGAGAGGGUGAGGCGUGUAAGCGAGGAUGACAAUUCCACAGCACCGUCCUACGAAGAAGAUGAAGAGGAGGGACUCGAUGAAAUGGCCAACAGAGAAGCAAUUCCCAAAGAGUUUGACUUUGCUGACGUGCUCCUGCACCAGGUCAUCCACACCAUAGAGUACUGUCUGGGAUGCAUUUCCAAUACCGCCUCCUACCUGCGGCUCUGGGCCCUCAGCUUGGCUCAUGCUCAGCUGUCAGAGGUGCUGUGGGCCAUGGUGAUGCGCCUGGGUCUGAGGGUCACCACCAGACUAGGAGUGCUGGUUUUGGUUCCUGUUUUUGGCCUCUUCGCUGUGCUCACGGUGUCUAUUUUACUAGUCAUGGAGGGCCUCUCAGCCUUCCUCCAUGCUCUCCGCCUCCACUGGGUGGAGUUCCAGAACAAAUUCUACCACGGGACAGGCGUCAAGUUUGUCCCCUUCGACUUCUCCCUGCUGCCCUCGGUUUUUGAACAAGAUGGCUUGCUGUAACAGAGGGGACUUCUUGGAUGUAAGCGGGAGCAGACUUUAUUUCUGGGAAAGACGCUGGAAGUUGGAACUAUUCACACUGUGAUAACGACAACAGAACUUCAAGACAACGGAUUGACACUCACUGUUGUAGCAAUGUUUUUCACCAUGACAGUUUUUAAAGUAUUGGCUACUCUGACUGCCUUAUCACCAUUUCCAGCAAACCUCUGAAAGGCAGGGGUUCAAAAUUCUUAACCCGUUAAUGUUUUCAUUUUAUAGGCGAGAUGUUGCUGAACACAACUUGUCAUGCUAAUUGGGUGAAUUUAAAUCGUUUAUUUGCAUUGUGCUGUGUAAAAUAGUUUUGUAUUAUUUACUACAUGGUACUUAAGACAAACAGUUAUCCAGUGCAAUGUAAAGUGCACAAGCGUUGCAACAUGUGCUGAAGAUCACAUCAAUCAUCCUGAUGUAGUGCCAUACAGAUUUGUGGCUGAUGACAAUAAGGGGGAUGCCACUGGGGAGGCGCAGGUUUUCGAAAUUGCUCGUAAAUGUGAUGAAGAUAGAGCUGUAGGCAAACGUCUUCAAGUUUCCUCUGGCAAAAUGUGUCUUUUACUGAAGAAGGACUAAGAAAAGACUACCUUUUGUGAGGCAUAUAGUUACAAAGCACUUUGCAGAAAUGAUUGUACAAUAAAAAGAGUUCUCACAAAUGA